AUGCAAGUUGUUCAGACUACAAGUCAGUUAGAGAUGAACAUUGUAUUUUUGGAAAUAUGCUCCUGAGAGGAACAAGAAUAGCGGUACAAAGGAAAUUUGGAGCGAGAGUAACUGGGUUAGGUCAUGACUUCAUCCAGGAAUGUUGAGAAUGAAACAGCGAUGUGGUGACUAGAACUUGAUAAGGAAGCCAAGAUCCUUUGCAAAACAUGUCAUGGGCGACAAGUUGGGAGUGGAUCAAGCAGUCCUAACCUCGCCACAUGACUGAGGUGCCUCUAGGAUCCUAGCAAGAAAUUGCGAUUCAUUUCAUAAGUCCAUCGCCUUCUGGAGACUACGUUUUCGCUGUGACUGACUAUUACAGUGGAUACGUGAAAAUUAUUAUUGACAAGAAACUCAGUUAAAGUGGCCAUCAGUAGCUUAUCGAAGAUGUUUGCCACCCAUGGAUUUCCCUAUACUGUGAUAAGUGAUACUAGUUCCCAUUUUUGUGACAGAAUCGUUUGAAACAUUCUUAAAGGACAACGGAAUUAAGCACAGGAAAACCACUCCGCUUUGGCCCAGACCAAUGGUAAGAUUGAAAGCCAAAAAAAGGUCACUCCUAAAAAGAAUGCUGAAGGCACAGGUGGAGGGAAAGAAAUGGAAAGAGGCAGUCAUGAAAUAUCUAGUUGCCUCUCGGGACACGCCUUACAAAGUACAGGUGUGCUUAUCAGAGCUGUUGUUUGAAAGGAAGUUGGACACAAAACUUCCCAGUCCAGGUUGGGACAGAGACCAAGACAUAAAAGGUCAAGAUGAAGAAGUGUACGGACAAAAUGCGUAAUGCCGAUGAAAGCAAUUUGAUGGCAGGAGACAGGGUCCUCCUAAGGCAAUUGCAACUACGGGCAAACAAGUGGACUGCUAGUUUGGAACUCAGCAGUACGCGCUCAUUGACAAGUGUGGCAGCAGUGUUGUGAUCGAGAUGCGAGGUCGAGGAAAUUUAGAAAUACAAUAUACCUGAAUUUGUAUCAUAAAAGAGACAGGUGGUCAAGAGAAAUCUAUGUUCCAUGAGAAAGACGGUGAAACUGAUCCAGGAAUGGAACCAAGUGAUAAGGAACACUCCAGGCAGAGGGAAACCAUCCCAUGGCUGCCAAGUUUCCAGGACCAGUGUGGACAAGACAUACGCCACAGAGAUUUGAGGAUUUCGUUCUUGAUUGAACGUUUAAUGUUUAUUUGACUGAAAGGGGCAUUAAUCGUUACGCUUGGCAUUUGUUACUCAACAAUUAAGGAAUGAGGCUGGGUAUCUUAUGAAGAAUUGUUGAGAUCGAGGAGGGUGUUAUCGGCCGAGGCAAAUAACACCCUCCGAGAUCUCCAUAAUUCUUUAUAUGAUACGAAAGCCGAAUUCAAUAAUUUUUUAUUAUUCAUUCAAAAUAAUUCCUAGUUUAAAAACAUGGCUAAAUCAUGCUUACCUCCAUCGAUCCAUCGAUGUUAAGUUCAUCUUCGAUAGUGCACGUUUUAUAGGGUUGUUCAGCUCCGCAAAUAUUCUCCAAAUAGCAGAUGUCGCCCUUCGAGUUGUCAUCUUGCUGUUCUUGCCAUGUUUUUAGCUGUUAUUUCGCCUAGUUCUUACUCUUGAAACGAGUGAAAUGCUCGCCAUUUUUGUUUCCACACCCAAAACAACUCAACCUCGUCCCCAGGUCUUCUCGGUUAACGGUGCAUUAACCUCCAAAAACGCUGCAUUUUUGACGUCAUUUCCUCGCUAAACACAAAAUUCUUCCAAAUUUGGUCAUCAGCAACUGGUUAUGGUGAAUUAUGCGUGUGCUUUUAGCCAGUCAGAAUCGGGGAAAAAUUUUGAAUGAAUAAUAAUGAAUGUUUACUCAGGUUUGAUAAAUUUUAUUUUCAUUGAUCUCGGAUGGCUUUUGAGUGAAAGGAACAUUCAGUGUUGAACUUGACAUUUGUUAUUAAACGUUUAUUAGUUAAAUUUGAUCAAUUCAUCUCAGGUUUUGCUUUUGAGACUUCUUACUUGCCGUUUAAGGUAAUUCCCUUGUUUUGCACGGCGCACCCUCUACUACGCGUGAUAUUGCGACAUCCAAGAUGGCGGCGGUUAUUUCCGCUAGUGCGAAAGGAACAAACAAGGGCCACUUUUGCAGAGCUAAAGCUUUUAUUCGCAAUACUGCCGCAGAUCGGCUGAGAGCUUCCUGGUCUGCAAUUGACAAACAAAGAAAUGAAAAAAAAAUGUGUGUGAUCCCGAAGUCUGCAGUGGUGUUUCACUUUGCAGCCGUCGAGUUGUGGAAUUAAAUUUAAAAAUGUCCUGGCUGAGGCUUUGGAUGGGGCUGUGAAUCCUAUGGGACAGCUCUACGGCUCUCCAACAGUGUCUGGCCUAGGAUCGCUACUGUGCAUAUGUUGUUCAAACUCCAAGUUUGGAGAGACGAAUAUUUGUGGAACAAAUAAGACCCACCGUUACCAGAACCACGCGUGGAAGACCAAUCUUUGAUGUAAACACGAAGUUUGCUGCUGAAUUCACAUCUUGCUGUGUAUGUUUUGGCAAUAUCAAGCACAUAAAAACAACCGAAAACAAGCUUGAUCUCGAGUGCAUACUUCGAACACGAUGGGCUUUAUUUUGUAUCUCGCCCCAGUCCCCGCCGCGCAAAUUAUCCAUCUUGACUGCGAUCUCAAAACCGUGCCCACCUUUCACGGCAGUUUGUGAGGAAACAAGCACGGUGACCUCCGAUUUUGUUUUUCAGUUAAUUGCUAAGAACAGUCUAAUAAAGAACACCUUUGAAGAAGAAAAAAAGUUUGACAGUAGAACAUGAUUUUUUUUUUUGGAAAAUAGUUCCGUACUGGGUGUAUUUAGGCCAAGGCGAGGCAAAUCAAAGAUAACAAAAUAAAUAAAGUAACGAGCUAACCACGGAACUGCCCAAAAAAAGUGCAAUAUCCCCACAACCAAGCAAUCAAAAACGGUUUAAAUGAAGCAAUACUGCUUAUUUGAAUAUGAAAGAAGCUUUAUUUUCAGGAUAAAAUUUUGUGUGUUUCAAGUAACAAAGACUUACCUUGGUAAUUCUGUAUGAAGGUAAUUCGAAUUUUUAACGCCCAACCAAUAAAAAUACCCCAGUUUAAGAGCCUGCUGACGGGUAAACAAGCACGGUGACCCCAUCUUUUUAUUGCAUUUUUUUAAUAUUCAUAUCAUAAAUGUUGAUUAUGCCAAGUUUCCAAAAAAGUUUGAAAGUAAAACCGAUUUCAAGGGAAUUACCUUAAGUUUAUAAUGUCAUAUCUGUUCCCUCUAUUAGAAGGGGAGAGCAGUGUAGGAUCUUUCGUGUAGUUUUUACAUGGAGUUUACAUGUGUAUAUUUUGUGCAGUGUAACAUGACGUAUGGGGCUCGCAAGAGGGUCGAUCGGCCGUGUUUUAUUAAAGCAUUUUCGUUGUGUUUCAAUUCGUGUCCAUCGAGCUGUAUAUUUAUCGAGAUUUUACAGAGGUGAUAAAUUCAAACUGUUGA